AUGGCACCAACCGUCCCUUCGCUCUCUCUGGCGGAGAACCUGGAUCUGGUAUUCCGUCUGCUGGUUGUUGCACCUGCGUACGGGCUCGCCAAAUUUACCAUUGGCAUUCCCAAAGCCCUGCGCAGAGGGAUCCCACUAUCUCUGCUAGGCAUCAGUACCGUCUGCUACACCUUCCUCGCCUGUCUCUCCCCGCGCCAAAUCCAAACCGUGGCUCCCAAUAGCCAGAGGGCCUACGCGUCAUGGAUCAAGUCAAAGGUGAAAGCGCAGCGCAAGCCCGGCGCCUCCCCUCAGCUUCGCCGCCUCAAACACGACAUUGAAGAGCUCGAGGAAACCGGAGGCUCCAUCAUGUGGGUUGGUGACCGCGCCACCGCCUCCAAGUUCGUCCUCUUCUUCCACGGCGGCGGAUAUGUCAUGUGUGCUUCGGAUGGCCAGCUUGAGUGGUGCUGGAACGCCUAUGUGUGUGGCGGGCCAGGCGAGAAGCACAACGUCGCUGUUGGAGUCAUGGAGUACACCCUGUGCCCUGUUGCGACGUAUCCCCAGCAGCUGCGUCAAUGCUGUGCUGCCCUCAGGGCACUUUUGGAGAGAGGGAUUCGACCAUCCGACAUCAUGAUCGGGGGCGACUCGGCUGGAGGGUCUCUCACUGUUCAGCUGCUGAGGCAUAUCGUUGAUCCUCAUCCUUGCGUCGAGCCACUUGGCAACUGGUUGAAUGAUGAACCCUUAGCAGCCGCCUUUAUCGUGUCUGCACCGGUUUCCGGACGCACUGAUACGGUUUCGUAUCGAGAAAACACACUCGACAUGCUUUCCGGACCUCUUAUCAAUUUUCUGACUGAGAUCUUCCUGGUUCCCGAAAAUGUCACGCCUCCGCUGACCAUGGAAGAGAUCCGAGGGUUAGCCUUUCCCCUAGAAUCUGAUUUAUCCUGGCUGGGGCGCGUUCACAAGGCUGCUAGGGCAAUGUAUCUCACAGCAGGAGAUGAAGAGGUUUUUAGAGACCAUAUUUGCGAAUUUGUAGAGGCUUUGCAGGCGCGUUCCAAGUCAGUGGAUGUGAGAUUCGACCUUUUCUCAAAACAUGUCCACGACAGCCACCUUAUAGAAGGUUUCUUUGGGACCGGCCCGGCCAUCACGGCCAUGGCAGCUUGGGCGGAGGACAUCUUCUAG